AUGUGGGGAAGGUUUGGAGGUGGAAAAUCCGUACCCGGGAGAAUAAAGCUCACCAGGGGUGAGCCUCAGCAAGCCAUAAGUCCGACGAGUGCCGUGAGAGCACGCGAGGGUCCUGACAUUGAUGCUGCCGAAAUUCUUAGACCUUCAAACGAGGAGAGACAGCUAGCUUCGAAAUCUGGAAUACAAGAGGCCUCUCCACCAGUUGCGGAAACGGCUCCAGCCGUAGUAGAGCCGAUGCCCGAGUCAAGAUCCCUGGAUACUGCUAGGGUUGCCAAAUUCAGAAAGGAAUUAUCGGCUCCUGCAGUUGACCUAGAUGCUCUUCGGGAGCUUUCAUGGAGUGGCAUACCUCCCAACUUAAGACCAACUGUCUGGCGUCUUUUACUGGGAUACGCACCGCCAAAUGCGGAUAGAAGAGAGACAGUUUUGGCCAGGAAACGUCAAGAGUACAGGGAGUGGGUUCCCCAGUAUUAUGACAUUCCAAAUGAAGACCGCAGUGAUGAUGAAAUUCACACUCUUCGCCAGAUAUCUGUAGAUUGCCCGAGAACUGUUCCAGAUGUCCCCUUCUUCCAGCAAACCUUGAUGCAGACAGCAAUUGAGCGUGUACUCUACAUUUGGGCUAUACGCCACCCAGCCAGUGGAUAUGUUCAAGGAAUUAACGACCUGCUGACUCCAUUCCUCACAGUGUUUCUUUCGGAGAUAUUUGAAGGAGACAUUGAUACCUGGGUGGUUUCAAAGCUUUCUGAAGACACCCUCUUGCAAGUCGAGGCAGAUAGUUACUGGUGUCUGUCCAAGUUGCUUGAUGGCAUCCAAGACCACUAUACUUUUGCACAGCCAGGCAUCCAGCGCCUUGUUUUCCGCCUCAAGGAGCUUGUGAGAAGGAUUGAUGAGCCUGUUUCUCGACACAUGGAAGAGCACCACUUGGAAUUUCUUCAGUUCGCGUUCCGGUGGUUCAACUGCCUGCUUAUCCGUGAGAUUCCGUUCUCUAUUGUGGGAAGAUUGUGGGACACAUAUCUUUCAGAGGGUGAUGGUUUUGCAGAGUUCCUGGUUUACCUAUGUGCAAGUUUCCUGCUCACCUGGUCAGAACAACUUCAACAGAUGGACUUCCAAGAAAUGUACUCCGUGAUGGCUGAGACCAAGGAAACCUAUCAGGAGGAAGAGCUCGUAGACUUCGAAGAGGAAGAAGAAGCCGCUCCCGAUGCCGGAGCUGCCAAAACGACAGAAGCAGCUAGGAAGGGAUAUGUGGGGAUUCAUAGCUCAGGUUUUCGUGACUUCCUUCUCAAGCCCGAGCUGCUUCGCGCUAUUGUGGACUGUGGUUUUGAACACCCAUCAGAAGUGCAACACGAGUGUAUUCCCCAGGCCAUUCUUGGCAUGGAUGUGAUCUGUCAAGCCAAGUCUGGUAUGGGGAAGACAGCUGUGUUUGUGCUGGCAACGCUUCAGCAGAUCGAACCAGUAGCUGGGGAGGUGUCGGCGCUGGUCCUCUGCCACACCCGUGAACUCGCAUAUCAGAUCUGUAACGAGGUUCAGAGGUUUACCACUUACCUUCCGGAUGUCAAAGUCGCGGUCUUCUACGGUGGCGUGGCGAUCAAGACGCACAAGGAUAUGCUCAAGAACGAAUGCCCGCACAUUGUCGUUGGAACUCCCGGUCGUAUUCUCGAUCUUGCUCGGCAGAAGGAUCUGAACCUGAAGCAUGUUCGCCACUUCAUUCUUGAUGAAUGCGACAAGAUGCUGGAGUCACUCGAUAUGCGGAGGGAUGUUCAGGAGAUCUUCAAGCUUACUCCUCACGACAAGCAGGUCAUGAUGUUUUCCGCGACGCUCAGCAAGGAGAUUCGCCCCGUCUGCAAGAAGUUUAUGACCGAUCCGAUGGAGAUCUACGUUGAUGACGAAACGAAGCUCACACUUCAUGGACUUGUUCAGCACUACAUUCAAUUGAAGGAGAACGAGAAAAACAGAAAGCUAAACGACCUUCUUGAUGCUCUUGACUUCAAUCAAGUCGUCAUCUUUGUCAAAUCAGUGAACCGCGCUGCUCAGCUGAACAAGCUCCUGGUGGAAUGCAAUUUCCCUGCUAUUAGCAUUCAUUCUCAGAUGACACAGGAGGAGAGGCUGACUCGCUACAAGGCGUUCAAGGAGGGACACAAGCGCAUCCUGGUGGCAACAGAUCUUGUGGGGCGUGGCAUUGACAUCGAGCGAGUCAAUAUCGUCAUCAACUACGACAUGCCUGAAAAUGCAGACACGUAUCUUCAUCGGGUUGGCCGUGCUGGUCGUUUUGGCACAAAGGGUCUAGCUAUCACUUUUGUGAGCUCAGAGGAGGAUUCGAAGAAGCUGGAUCAGGUUCAGUCACGGUUUGAAGUUGACAUCAAGGCCUUGCCAGAGCAGAUUGACACGUCUACGUAUAUGCCUUCUUAG